GUGUGGGCAAAGAUCAGUAACCAAAGAAAAUGGAAGAAGGAAGGUGGCGGGGAAGCGAGCGAGUGACGUCAUCACAACAAAGGUUCCACUAUUGGACGUGUACACGACCCGUGAGAUAACACUGACGCUCCUCGCCUAUCUUAAAGACGGUCUCCUGUGUCCAAAAUACCCGCCAAAUUGUCCCUCCCACAAUACUCACAAGACAGUUGUGGCAGUGUAAGUGUGUGGUGAGGACACACCACUGAAGACAUUGAGGAUAUACCACGAGGAAGAGACAAAACUGUUGAAGAAAGGAGUCACUGGCUCCACCUGACCACCUUGGGCCACAUUCACCAAGGUAAUACGGCUUCCAGUCUCUGCUCGGCUACCAAGGACGAUAGCAAACACAACUUCUGCCCAUUAAUGAUGGAUAACAACCCAGAGGAAUGUUCAGUGUGUUUUAACAAUUAUGAUGACACUCUGCUACGGCCUCGUACUCUGCCGUGUGGUCACCCAUUCUGCUCCCAGUGUAUUGACAAUGCUAUCAAGAAUGGUCAGCUGAACUGCCCCAGCUGCCGAGCCCAGCACACUGCCACUGCUGCUACUCAGUUCCCAAUCAGUUAUGGUAUGGAGGCCUUUAUCAGAAAACUAAAAGGUAUGGAGGUGGUGCCAGUGAAAACGGUACCCACAAAACCCAAUAAAGCUCCGACCAGAGGCAUCAGUAAGAAGUUACGUUCCAUGGUGGAGGAGCAGAAGAACAGCAUCAGCAGCCUCAUUACCAGCUGUGAAGAGGUACUGUCCCAGCUGGGGGAGUACCAGGGGCAGCUGGGGGACUGGAAGACUCAACACCUCCAGCUCCAGGACAGACUCUAUGCUCUGGUAGAGCAGAACAAGUCAGCAAUGAAGCUCUUGGAACUGGAGGAUACCAGUGUGGUGGAUAUGACAACACAAGGAGAGGAAGGGAAGACUCAGCUGCAGGCCAUGUUGGGGAGCUUCGACACAGUCAACACAGCACAGGAGGUUGACACAACCAUAGACACAGCUGAUGAGUGCAGCAUGAAGGUAGAAGAUUGGCUCCAGAAGUGCCAGGAACUCUUCCCAGAUGUCAACACUGUCCACACCUCAGUGAAGGUGCAGGAGACCAUCAGGGAGGCUCUGGAGAUGACGACCACAGAGACAGGUGCCACAGCUGACCCCGUACACCUGGGAGACUCGGACUCCAGCAUCAUGACUAAAGUUAAGGAAAUCACUGGAGAAUUCCCCCAGAAGGAAAUAACAGUAAGUUUUAUAUUUUCUCUCAUUGGUCAUAUCAAAAUAUAUUGAGUUACAUUUUGAAGACAGGAAGACUGUUCUUAGGUUUAUUGAGGUUUCAGUAAGUCAACUACUGACUUUCCUCAACAUACAAUCCGCAAUCCAGCCUAACUCCUGGAUAAAUAUUUACUGGUAGGUGAACAGAGGCAUCAGAUGAAAGGAAACGUGAACUAUUUCAGCUACAGG